AGCCACACAAGCUCGUCUUAGAACAACACCGAAGAAAAUAAAGUAGAAAGUAGUAGUUGAAAAUCAGUGCAAAGUCAAUCUAAUCAAAAGCGAGAAAGAAGUUUUAUUAGUUCAAAUUUUUAAAACGCAAAAACGCACACCCAAAUAAAUUUCGCACAAAAAUGGCAAGUGUUUGCAUGCCACAAACGGGUUACCAGCAACAUCAACAACAACACCAUUUCCAAAUGUUGAACGGCAACAUAAUGUUGCUACAAAAGGCGCAACACCAACAACAGCAGCUGCAACAACAAAACCUCCAUACCGCCGCCUAUCAGCACAAGAAGCACCAGACCAUCGCACCGGCACCAAAAGUUUUGGGCAACAGCAAUCUUCACAACAUCCAAGUGGGUGCCGCAGGUGGUGGUGGUGGCAUGUUGCCGCGCAAGAAGUACACCUACAUGAAUGUGCCGUACGGCGAGCAGCUGCCAUCGGUGGCACGUCGCAAUGCGCGCGAACGCAACCGUGUCAAGCAGGUGAACAACGGUUUUGCCAACUUGCGUCAGCAUCUGCCACAAACGGUGAUCAAUACGUUGUCGCAUGGUGGACGAGGCGCCAGCAAGAAACUCUCCAAGGUGGAUACGCUACGCAUCGCUGUCGAGUACAUACGCGGUCUGCAGGAUAUGCUCGAUGAGUCGCAGCCAGCCGAAAAUAAAUUUCAUACCGGCACACUCUGCGAUGAGUCCAGCAACGAUGGCAGCAACUAUGGUUACUCCUCGAUGGGCAGUCCCAGUGAAGCAGCCUACAAUCAGCUGCAACAAUCCUAUCACUCAGAGGCUUCAGUUUCACCGGCGCCUAGUUUCAGUGGCGAUUCGGAUAUUUCGAUUGGUGGCGUCAAUUAUUUGCAACCAGUGAAACUCGAACACCAGCAGCUGCAGCAGCAGCAGCACCAACAGCCUGCUCAGACGCACUUCAAGUUUGAAUCCUUUGACGAGUUUGCGCAUUUGUCACCUGCAGAUGAGCAACCCGACGAUGAGGAACUGUUGGACUAUAUCUCUUCAUGGCAAGAGCAGUAAGCCAAGGCGGCGCAAUCAGUGACUGAAACAACCUGCGCAGUGAAAAAUUGCCUUCGAAUGAGGAAGUAGCAAAAAUUUUAGAGACAUCAUAGCCCAGUGGCAACUCAGGACUCAGUAUCGUUACAAAGAUACAUUUUAUAUAUAUAUUCAAUUUUAGUGACUGUUGUGCAUAAAAAGGAAGAGCUUUUGCUUGACCUUGCUUAAAAAUUGUAAAUAGUGCCUUGUAAAUUCGAAAUGUUUUUAUGUUGUAAAAUAUUUAGUUUAAGUAUAUUUUUUUUUAAGAAUUUUAACUCAUGGAAGACAAAUGAUUUAAAACCCUACUCAUAAGCUAAGCGCUAGUUUUAAGCAAUGGAGGACACUAAACUAAAUAAUUGUAAGACUAAGCAAACCACUCUAAAAAAAUACAAAACAAAGAAAAACAAACCAAAUAAA